AUGAGUGGUACUGCGCCCCGCAAAGGCACGCGGCGAGCUUGCGAUCCUUGCUCUGUCAGGAAGGUGCGCUGCGACGGCAACCAACCAUGUUCUCGGUGCGAGGCCGCAAGUUGGGACUGCACGUAUCUCAAGACGCAUGGGAAAUCCGGCCCCAAAGGACCGCGUCGGACCACAGAGGCAGCUAUCAGAAGGCUGCAGGAGCGUAGCAAGAGCAGUCAAGAAGGAGGUUCCAGGAGUAACAGCGAGGCAAGCUUUGAUCUUGGGAGUCCGAGUUCAACUGAGUACCCCUACGUCGAACAACUGCCACCCAUUAGCGAUGUUGAGGCCGAACAAAUGGGAUGGCCUGACUCAAUGAGCCCUGUAUUCCCGAUAUCGCAAAAGGAGCCCCAACGGAUAUCAACAUCCUGUAUCUCACAGUAUCUGGACGUGUAUCAGUCGCGCGGGUAUGGAAUCUGGCCUGUUGUUGAUGCCGAAGCUUUGACUGCACGUCUCCUCACUCAUCCAGAUGAUGUGGAAGCUUAUGCCCUUGCAACGGCUAUUUCUGCCGCCAUUGUGAGCCAGUUCUCCAUUGAUGCUGAGCCGAAUAGUCCCGUCGAGGGCCAUUACCGUGUAUCGAGUGGUGCGUUCGAGGCGGAGGCUAAACGCACGCGCGUCGAAUCAGACCACCUGGAACACAUCACCAUUUUCUCGAUUCUGGGCAGCUUUUUCUUACAUGUUCACGCUGCCAAUGUCGGUCGCAUGAACGCAUCAACGGUCUAUCUUGGGGAAGCAAUCACGAAAGCACACAUUCUCGGUCUGCACAAAGCUUCGUGCUACGAGUUCAUGAGGAUCGAGCAGGUGCAGCAACAUCUAAGGUUGUACUGGCUUCUCUUCAUCACCGAAAGGGCACACUCGAUCCAGCACGAUGUACCGACAAUGUUGAAACGAGCCCCGGAUUUGCCGCCAUUGGAGAACCUCAAUGACGGCUCAGUGACACCUGCUUUCGUGCAGCUGUGCCGCUUGUUCAACAUUCUGGAUAUCACCAUUACAGCGGAUCCCUCCACGGCUCGAGGAGCGCUUGCUCUAGCUCAGCAGCAGCUCAGUAGCGACGAGGCUCCGCUCAGCCUUGAAAAUGAGUUGCAACGGGCUGACAUCUCCAUGACACAGCAGUGGAUGCGAAUAUUUCUAUGGCAGCAUGCAUUAAACGUUACCAACCUAAGCAGCAUGAAUAACGACAACGAAUUUUCUUUCUCAUUCCCAGCGCAGGUGGCUCAGAACGUUCUCAGCAAUCUCAGCAGUCUGUCCAAGCAGAGCGUGGAGGCGCACGGUCCCGGCAUGGAGUCGAAGAUAUUCGACGUCGCCAACUCUCUGGCAGACGUUAUGAUAAUCAUGCCCGUUAUGAAUCACGAAUCGCAUUUCGGCAUCGGCCCACGAGAUCUCAUCCACUCCCUUUCGCAAGUACUUUCCUCCUUCCGAGGCGGAAACCCCGCGGUCAUCAAUAUCCUCCAGGACAAGCUGACGCAGUUGGGCAUGUCGGUCGGUUCGCCGCAGAAACUGCUCGAGUUGUCUUCCCCGGAAGAAGAAAAGGACGAGUGGCACGGUGAACGAUCCAUGUCUGCGCCCUCCAGUCAUCGUUCAUCCUACCCUCCAGCCACGCCGCUUUCAUCUGCCUUUCCUGCAGGCGCCAACUUGGGCGGUCAGUCGCCUACGUUUCCAUCGAGUAUGAGCAUGGAUGGUAACUACUGA